AUGUCCAACUACCAGCCAACCGAGCACGACGGUCUCCGCCAGGAUGGCCAACCCGACCAGCGCGUUGGAACUGGCGAAUUUGCACACGGCAAAGUCGACCCUCAUGAGGCAGGCAAACAGGGUGGUCAGACCGGAGGUACUUCUUCUGGUAGCGGUAGCGGCGACAGCGGCAGUGGUGGUGGUAGUGGCAGUGGCAACAACCAGGGCGCAGCAAAUCUUGGUGGAGAUGGAUUGAGGAAGGAUGGUGAGCCUGAUCAGCGAUUGAAGCAGAACCAGUGA